AACAAACCUCUCAUUCUCUUCUCUUAUCCAAUGGCGAAAUCGGGUUAUAGUCCAAUGCUCGUUCUCGCUAUCUCGAUAGCGGUGGUGCUACUCACCUUCACGACCCCGGUCGUGCAUGGCCAAGGCACUCGCUUAGGUUUCUACUCCAACUCUUGCCCUCAAGCCGAGUCCAUCGUUGCAUCUACUGUCCGAUCUCAUUUCCAAUCCGACCCAUCGAUCGCACCUGGUUUGUUGAGAAUGCAUUUCCAUGACUGUUUUGUUCGAGGUUGUGAUGCCUCUGUACUCCUAUCUGGCUCUAAUAGUGAGAGGACUUCGCCUCCAAACCUUUCGUUAAAAGGGUUUGAGGUGAUUGACGAUGCCAAGACGCAGCUCGAAGCUGCUUGUCCUGGCAUUGUAUCUUGUGCGGAUAUUCUUGCACUUGCGGCUCGUGACUCCGUAGUUAUGACGAGUGGAUUGCGUUGGGGUGUGCCCACAGGACGAAGGGAUGGCACGGUUUCAGUGGCGUCAGAAGCUAACGAUUUACCUGGAUUUACUGACUCCAUUGAUGUUCAAAAGAAGAAAUUCAGCGAUAAGGGUCUCAACACUCAAGAUCUUGUGACUCUCGUGGGUGGACACACAAUUGGCACCACACAAUGCCAGUUUUUCAGCUACAGGCUCUUCAACUUCACUUCAAAUGGUCCAGAUUCAAGCAUCAACCCAGCAUUCGUGAGCCAAUUGCAAGCCCUUUGCCCCCAGAACGGCGACGGCAGCCGCAGGGUUGGGUUGGACAACGGCAGCCCCAACAGGUUCGACACAUCCUUCUUCUCAAACUUAAGGAAUGGACGUGGGAUCUUGGAGUCCGAUCAAAAGCUAUGGACCGAUGCCUCCACUCGCACUUUGGUACAACGCUUUCUGGGUUUGAGAGGGCUGUUGGGUUUGACCUUCAACGCUGAGUUUGGGAAAUCCAUGGUUAAGAUGGGUAACAUUGAAGUUAAAACUGGAACUCAGGGAGAGAUUCGUAAAGUUUGUUCUGUAGUUAACUAAACAAAAGUGGUUUUUGUACUUUAA